AUGGCUUUAAACGACGUGAGCGGCCGCGGUGGCGGUGGCGGUGUGCGUGAACUCGGCACCGUGACGGCAGGCAUGGCCAUGAUGAACUUUGAUGAGAAGACAAGACCGUACACGCGUGCGGACUUUUUGAGGUUUCUGCAGAACUACGAGGAGAAUUUGAGCCCGUCGGAGAUGCGCCUCGUUGAAAAGGGGAUGUUUGGCACUUUCGUGGGAAUGCCGCUUGGCUUUUUUCUCGUUUACAAGCUCAGCGGGCGCCUUGCGUGGCACCGCGUUGUCCGUGUGUUCGCCACCAUGGAUGACAAGGAGGCCGCAGCCAAGCCGUCGUGGAUAGUGCGCAACAUACCACGCGUUGGAAGGACACUCUUCGGGCUGACGGGGGCAACAAUUCCGUACAUGUUGAUACAGCAGUGGUUUAUCUCGCGGGUUCUGGAGCUUGACGAGCAUGAUAGUAAUCUUUCUUUUCAUGUGAGGCGUCUUAUGAUCACGCAGCGCAGCGGGAUGAUGUUUAAACGCACAGCAACACGUGAGGUGACACGCGAGGAGCAGGAUCGGCUGCUGCGGGAGUCGGCUGAGCAGAUGGAGGAGAACCGCUCGGGUCGUCGUGGCGGCGCACCCGCGGGGGCGGUGGACGUCAACUUGCGUUUAGGGCAGCAGGUACUGACGCCCGUGGCGCAAAGCGGCUACAAACCCAUGCCGGGCAAGUCUGGAUCGUGA